AUGUCGCGACCCGAUCCCGACGUGACGGUCCCCGCUGGCGACCCUAAGGCAGGCGCAAAGGUGUUCAAGGCGAAGUGCGCUCAAUGCCACACUGUGAACAAAGGUGGCGCGGCAAAGCAGGGCCCCAACCUGUUUGGCUUUCUUGGCCGAGCGUCGGGGUCGGCGGACUUCCCCUACAGCGAGGCGAAUAAGAACAGCGGCAUUGUGUGGAGUGAAAAGCACUUGUGGGAGUAUCUUGUCAACCCCAAGGCGUAUAUCCCAGGAACGAAGAUGGUGUUUGCCGGAAUAAAGAAGGAAACUGAACGAGCCAACCUGAUCGCUUACCUCGUCGAGGCCACUAAACCUUAA